CUCUGCUCCCCUCCAAGGCUGCAGGGAAUCUGGAGCUGUCUGCUUGAUUAGCUGUGCUCUCCUCCAAGGCUGCAGGGGAAUCUGGGGCUCUUUGCUGGACAUCUGAGGGUGGACCAAGCUCUCCCCAGAAAGUCUUCCUGAAAGGACUCAGCAGGUCUGACCAUGCACUGGCUGCGGAAACUUCAGGGACUUUGCACACUAUGGAGUACUCAGAUGUCCAGCCGCACUCCGCACAUUAUGACGAGGCAACUGGCAUCCGUGCAGUGGGGCCGCCAGGAAGUUCCUGCCACGUUUAACUUUGCUAGAGAUGCGAUCGAUCACUGGGCUGAUAUGGAGAUGGCUGGCAAGCGACCCCCCGGCCCCGCCCUGUGGUGGGUGAGCGGCAAAGGGGAGGAAGUGAAGUGGAACUACAGAGAACUGAGUGAAAUCACCCGGCAGGUGGCCAACGUCCUCUUGGGGCCCUGCGGCCUGCAGCGUGGGGACUGUGUAGCGGUGGUGCUGCCCCGAGUGCCCGCGUGGUGGCUGGUGAUCCUGGGCUGCAUGCGAGCAGGACUCAUCUUCACACCUGGGACUAUCCAGCUGAAAUCUGCUGAUAUACUCUAUAGGCUGCAAUUGUCUAAGGCCAAGGUCAUUGUGGCUGGAGAUGAAGUGGCCCAAGAAGUAGACAUGCUGGCCCCUAAAUGUCCUUCUCUGAGAAUGAAGCUCCUGGUGUCUGAGAAAAACCAAGAUGGGUGGCUGAACUUCAACACACUACUAAAAGAGGCAUCCACCACUCACCGCUGUGUGGAGACUGGAAGCCAGGAAGCCGUAGCCUUUUAUUUCACUAGCGGGACCAGCGGCCCUCCCAAGAUGGUGGAACACUCCCACGCAAGCCUGGGCCUCAAGUCCAAGAUGGAUGCUGGCCUUUGGACAGACUUGCAACCCUCUGACAUACUAUGGACUAUAUCAGACACAGCUUGGAUACUGAACUUAAUAGGUGCACUUCUGGAACCCUGGACAUCAGGAGCAUGUGCAUUUAUCCAUCACUUGCCAAAGUUUGACCCAGCGGUCAUCCUAAAGGUGCUAUCCAGCUACCCAGUCAACAACCUAAUAGGUGCCCCCAUAGUUUUCCGGAUGUUGCUGCAACAGGACCUUUCCAGUUACAAGUUCCCACACCUAAAGCACUGCUUCAGUGGAGGGGAGAGCGUUCUUCCAGAAAUUCUGGAGAAUUGGAAGGCCACGACGGGACUGGACAUCAGAGAAUUCUAUGGCCAGACAGAAACGGUGCUCACUUGCAGAGUCUCCACGACAAUGAAAAUCAAACCAGGCUGCAUGGGAACACCUAUUCCCAAUUACGAUAUGCAGGUCAUAGACAAUGAGGGCAAUGUCCUGCCCCCUGGCACAGAAGGAGACCUAGGCAUCAGGGUCAAACCCAUCAAACCUGUAGGCAUCUUCUCUGGCUAUGUGAACGAUCCCCAGAAGGUAGCAGACAACAUCCGAGGAGAUUUUUGGCUCUUGGGAGACCGAGGAAUCAAGGAUGAAGAUGGCUAUUUCCAGUUCAUGGGGCGGGCAGAUGAUAUCAUUAAUGCCAGUGGGUACCGGAUUGGGCCCUCAGAGGUGGAGAAUGCACUGAUGGAGCACCCUGCUGUGGUUGAGACGGCUGUAGUCAGCAGCCCAGAUCCUGUCCGAGGAGAGGUGGUAAAGGCAUUUGUGGUCCUGGCCCCAGAGUUCCUGUCCCAUGACAGGGACCAGCUCACCAAGGAGCUGCAGCAGCACGUGAAGUCAGUGACAGCCCCAUACAAGUACCCAAGGAAGAUGGAGUUUGUCUCGGACCUUCCCAAGACCAUCACAGGGAAAAUUGAGCGAGCCAAGCUUCGAAAGAAGGAGUGGAAGAUGUCUGGGCAAGACCAGGCCCAGUGAGGCUUCUGGGGGCUCUCGUUUGGGCUUUCUUCUUCUCUCCCUUUCUCUUUCCUUUUGAGGCCCUGGCCUUCCUGCGAGGAUAUAAGAUUCUUUGUGAAAAGGCAUACAUGUAAUUUUUGUCUUUCUUUGGUUAUUAGCACAAAACGUGGCCAUGUUCGAUGUGAAAGAAGAAAGAGAGGAAGGGAAUGACAAAGAGAAAAGGGGAGGGGGACAGAAAGAGGAAAGACAUAAGUCAGAGAAAGAUUGAAACAGCAAGGGAAAGCAAGCGAAAAAGAAACAGAGUAGGGAGGCAGGGAAAGGAGGGAAGGAGGAAGAAACAAGUGGAACAAAGGGAGGGAGAAAACAUAGCAAGGAAAGAAUUCCAGGGAGGAUCAGAAAAAGAAAGAAAGAAAGAAGGAAGGAAGGAAAGAAAGAGAA